GAACACCCAAUAGUCAACAGUUGACAGUCAUCUAUCCUGUGUUUUCAGUUCAUUUCUAAUUUCCAGCAUACACCUCGCCAUCUUGGAAUUCCUUUCACAGUUAGUAUUUUCGUCAUACUUUUGCAACAAAUGUCAGUAGUCAAAAUGUCGCAGUCAAGAAGUUCUGAAGACCCAGAUCUCUAUUGGAAAAACAGAGCUGAAGAGCUUGAGCGGGAACUUGAGGAUUUUAGAGAACAGUCUCAUGACCUGGAGAAAGAACUUGAAGCCUCACUAGAACAAGCUGAAAAGAGGGCUCGGGACUUCAGAGUUCAUUGUAAUAAACUUCAAUUGGAGAAUGAUACAUUAAAGAACAAAUUAGAACAGGUUACAAAAGAAAGUACAACACAAAUUAAUAGUCUUCAAGAAGAAUUAUCACAGUGCCGAAAUCGUGAAGAAAAGUUUUUAAAAUACAUUAGAGAACUUGAACAGAAAAAUGAUGAUCUUGAAAGAACUCAGAGGGCAAUGUAUGUUUCUCUUGGAGAAUUUGAAACAAAAAUGAAUCUAGCCAUUGAGCGUAAUGCUCUUUUAGAGUCUGAAUUGGAUGAGAAAGAGUCAUUACAAGCUAUGGUUCAACGACUCAAAGAUGAAGCAAGAGAUAUGAAGCAAGAAAUUGUAAUCCAUAAACGUCAGGAAAAGAAUGAUAAUGAAAAGUGCAUUGUGGUUGAACGAAGAAGUUCGCCUGUUGACUCUAACAAAUUGGUGACUGCUGAAAUGGAAACACAAACCAUUACAUCUCCUUCACCCAUAAAAACCAUUGGACCAAACAACAAUAAUGCUCUGCCACCACCAACUAGAAUAUCAGCAAUGAAUAUUGUUGGAGACCUCCUCAGAAAAGUUGGUGCUUUGGAGUCCAAAAUAGCAUCUUGUCGCAAUCCAUACAGAGAAAGUCCCUUAACUACUGAAAAUGGUAAUGAAACGUUCCAUGAAUACCCCAGGCACAACACAUUCUCGGGCCGGAGACUUAAUCGUGGAACUUCAACACCAACAAUUCAGAACUAUAUCCGAUCAUAAAACGUACUUAAGGUGAUACACACUUAUUUAAGUGGUUCUAUUUUGUGACAAAUUUAAUAUAAAUGUAUAGUUUCCCUGCAAAGUCUUCUGUACUUUUCUUUUUUUCAAUGGUUUUUUUUUUUUUUUUUGUAAUUAUUUUGUUUGUUAAUUUUUGAGGUGUACCAAUAGGCCUGUAAUGCACAACACACAUUUCGUUGCUGGUACCUCCCUAGCAUUGUAGCCUGAGCAUCCUUUUAUUUGUUGUUUUAUAUUUGUAUAAUAUUGUACAUAAUAACGCAGGUAAAUUUUGCCAAUAUUAUUGUUUUUAUGUCUUACAUUUGACACUGUCGUUGUUCUAUAGGAUCAAUCAACUUUUUAUUAUUUAUUUCUUGUUUUCUCAUACCAAAAGUUUAAUUUAUGUGAAGGCUAGUGUGUGGAUCAUAAGGUAGUUUUAGAAUAGGAAUAAUGAAUUAAUGUAUUUAAGACGUACUCAGACCUUCCCUAGUUAAUCAAUUUUAUGCAUUGAAAAUACUAAUGCCAGUUUGUACAAUAUACUUCAUACUUGAAUUCUAAUUCCAAUGAAGCAACCAUUAAAUAUCAAAGCAAACCCUUGUUUUGAUACCUGUUAAGAUGUCUUAACAUUCAACACUGCUGCUUCAUCUUCAAUUCAAAGAUGUAAUUUUUCAAACUACCACAUCACUUUUUGUGUUCUACCUGAACAAUUUUUUUUCCUUCAAAAUCAUUUCUGUUAAUGUCUGUUUUGUUUCCUCCCAAAGAGAACUGAAUCUUGUGGCAGUCAUAUUGACAUUAUAUUGAACAAAAUUUGUGUUGAACUGACAUCAAAGUGGCCUCCCCAUGACUUUCUGUUCACUCCAGGUUGAUGUCACUGCAUCAUUUUUUUUAAAGAUGGCCAGAAUCUCUUGGCAUUUCCAGUUGUAAUCUUUGUGAUAUUGGUGAUAAAACAAAGAAUUAAUUAUGUUCAAAAUGUACUGUGGUUGAAGAUGUUCUUAGCUAUGACCACUUUGGUUCAAGAUUCUGUUUAAAAAUGUGUUUUAUUCUUUCUUUCUUUUUUGUCUGACCUAUUUAGGACUUCUCCCCUCAUUUGCUCUAAAUGCUUUUCACAUGUCACUAUUCAACUACAGUACUUUUGUUUUUUUCUUACUGAAGUAGACCUUUAGCUUAGUUGUGUUAAGUAUUUUUAUUGGUGUAUAGUCUGAUUAUGCCUGGAUUUAGUUGUUAUUGCUAUUUUAAUUUCACUCUGUCACAUACCUUAUGUGCCAUAAGCCAUGGCAUUUUUCCAGGCACAGUGUUGGUUAUUUCUUUUUUUCUGUUUUAGAGGUCAGUUUAAAGUGUUGCUCAUGUGCCCAUUAAUAUAGACAAUAGCCCUUUAAAUUUUGUAAACAUUUACCAUGCUGACAGCAGUAUUCUUGAAAAGUUUUCAAACAAUUGCAGAAUUUGUUGUUUAACAGUACUUACAAAAGUUAAUUAUUUAUGUUUUUUUAUACAUUAGGAUUUUGGAAAAUAAUAUCAAUCUAAUGCUUGAUUUACUGGUUUUUCUAUGGCACUAUGAAGAUUAGAGCCAGAAGAAAAGGUUUGUUAACCAAUUUUAUCCACAAUGGCACUGUAAAUGCUUUUCAUCUAUUUUCCAGUCAUCUUAUUGUAAUGCUUCAAGAGGUUGAUUAGUAAAUUUUCCGAUUUACCACUAAUAAUUUGACCACACCAAAGAAUUGUUCUGUUGGAAAUGGGGAAUGCAUUAGAAAUAAACAAGUGAGAGACUUCAA